AGUUAUUAGACCAAAACACUUAUCCGUUAGUAGAAUUUUUGAUUUUGAAUUCCAAAGGGUUAUUUUUUCCGCUUUAUGAUGUCGAAUACAACAGAUUUGGAAAUAUAGUCGAUUUUAUGGAUUUUAUAAUCAAUACGUAUGGAUUUUAUGGAUUUGACAAGACCGACAAAACCUCAAAUAUUCAUAGUUUUGAUCUUGCUUAUUGUUCAUAG